CAAACAUUUUAAGAACAUUAUAGCACACGAAAAAGGGUCAAAGAUUAUCAAUAAUGAGUGCAUUCAUUUUCCCUAAUAGUGUGGAAACCAGAAAUGUCAAACGAGAUAAAAUAAACAAACUGAAGUUAAGCUCCCAACACACAAGUGAAAUUGAAACAUAAAGAGAUUUGUUUAUAUUAUUUUAACAAACACUGAUACAGUUUUGAGCGUAAUUCUCCUAUCAGAAUUGUACGGUUGCCAACCAGUGGUCUCCUCAAUAACUGUGAGAUAAGGUGUGUAUAUUCAAUGGAAUGAUAAACAUCGAGGCAUAAAUGAUUUCCGUCAUUAUAACAUUUCUAUAUGGAAUAAUUAUGAAGGGAUUUUAUUUCGUCAGUAACUAAAAGCCGAUAACAGCUUUGUUUACUAAGUAUACACAAUAAGACACAUCAAUGUUGGCUUGGUUCAAAGAAAUAUGUUUGAUGUGCUCGUGCAUCUUUGGUUUUACAUAUGCUGUUUGCCCGGAUGUAACUGCAUUUACCUCAAAAACUGUAAUUGCUACCAUCUAUGACAACCAUACAAAAGGAGAUCUAAUAUAUACCUAUCCUGCAAUUUUGAAUUCAUCACUUACUUUUGAGGGAAACUGUCCAGGUCUCUACAUACAAGGAAACGAGAUUCGGUUAGGCUUGACCAAUGUUCAGUUAAUCGAGAAAUGUGGUGAGCCUUCUGGAGAAUGCAAAAUACUCUGUGGUAAAUCAGUGAGUAAAGAGUCGUCGCUAAAAGAGUCCCUGUUUCCAAAAAGGGAGAACUUGAAUCAAAAUGGGCCAACAUUUGCAAAGAAAAUAUAUAGAGUUGACGUUACAGAGAAUAAGCUGAAUGGUUCGGUUGUAUUUAGCUUCAAGGAUGACGACAUAAAACGCCAUGACUGCUAUUAUCCAGAUGACAAAGUUUUCAUUUUAAAGAAUUAUGGGAAGCAAAUAUUUGGAAUAACAUAUCCUGGAAAGAUUUUUCUCACAAAACAAUUGGAUUAUGAAGAUGGUGACAGAAGUUUCGACUUACAUAUAACACUUGAUGUAAGAUAUAACAUCUAUCUGAAAAGUUAA